GCAGAGCGAAAGGUCACCAGUAGAGGCUAGAGAGUGUCGCGGGGUCGACCUAUCACCUCACACGCCGAGCGCGAGCACGAGAGCGAUUCCGAAAGUGCGAAAGGCCGAUCUGUGAUGGUGGUCUAGUGCCCAUGGCGUCGAUGGUGGUGAACUCGUGGCGCGAGUCUCCCCUGGUGAACCCCGUGCUGACGAGCGCAGGGCUCAAUUCGCUGAACCCGCUGCCGCCGGUGGCCGCGGUCCAGCCGCCGAACGCGGUGCAGGCUGUGGGGCCCUUGGCCGACGGUCCUGCCUCGGACCUGGCCCUCCUCAGCCGCCAGACGCCCUCGCAGAAUAGCACCGGCAGCCAAGACAAGAGUCAGAACAUCGAGUGCGUGGUGUGCGGAGACAAGAGCUCGGGGAAGCACUACGGACAAUUCACCUGUGAAGGUUGCAAGUCAUUUUUUAAGCGUAGCGUUCGCCGAAAUUUGACGUAUUCAUGCAGAGGUAACAGAAACUGUCCCAUUGACCAGCACCAUAGGAACCAGUGCCAAUACUGUCGCUUACGGAAAUGCAUAAAAAUGGGCAUGAGGAGGGAAGCCGUUCAAAGAGGUAGAGUGCCCCCAUCGCAACCAGCGUUGCCAGGUUUACCAAAUCAGUUCCUCAGUUCAACAGAUCCCGUCACGACGUCACUCAACAACCAUUCGUACCUCAGUAGUUACAUAUCCUUACUUUUAAGAGCCGAGCCAUAUCCCACCACCACGAGGUAUGGCCAAUGCAUCCAGCCCAACAAUAUCAUGGGCAUAGAGAACAUAUGUGAAUUGGCUGCAAGACUGCUUUUCUCUGCCGUGGAGUGGGCAAGAAAUAUACCUUUUUUUCCCGAUCUCCAGGUGACUGACCAGGUGGCUUUGCUGAGGCUAGUUUGGUCAGAACUAUUUGUUCUAAACGCUAGCCAGUGCUCGAUGCCUCUGCAUGUAGCGCCUCUGAUAGCAGCAGCAGGGUUACAUGCAUCCCCCAUGUGUGCAGACAGGGUAGUACAGUUCAUGGACCAUAUUAGAAUAUUUCAAGAACAAGUAGAAAAGCUGAAAGCACUGCAUGUGGAUUCUGCGGAGUACUCAUGUCUGAAGGCUAUAGUACUCUUUACAACGGAUGCAUGUGGUUUGAGCGAUGUUGCGCAUAUAGAAUCAAUCCAGGAGAAGUCGCAGUGUGCUCUGGAAGAAUACUGCCGAUCUCAGUAUCCGAACCAACCUACCAGAUUCGGAAAAUUGUUGUUACGGUUGCCUAGUUUAAGAACUGUUAGCUCGGCGGUAAUAGAACAACUGUUUUUCGUUCGGCUUGUAGGAAAAACCCCCAUUGAAACCCUUAUCAGAGACAUGCUCUUAUCUGGUAGUUCGUUUUCAUGGCCGUACAUGUGAUAUUUAAAACUGUACUAGUUUUACUAGUCAAUAAUAUAUACAUUAUUUCGUUAACGUUGUUUGUUAUUUUGUGAAUAAUGAAAAUGAAAAGACAAUCCCAGUAGGCGGUGGCGAACUCACAUAUCAAAAGUGACGACAAGCUGAACCAGAAAACAAAACGCUGGUAAAUACUCCUAGUUGUUAAGAGUGAAAUGUUCCUUUUAUAUCACAAUGAAAGACAAAUAGUAAUCGUAACAUAUUAGAUUGUCUCAACAAACGUAUAUUUAUUCCAAAGCAAAAUUUAAGAGUUGAAUAAUAAGGAUUAAAAUUUGAAAAUUCUUGAUCUUGAGACAUCCUAAUAUUCCUUAUCAUUUAUAAGUAAUAUAUUUUAUUGGAUAUAUGUAUGUACAAAUUGUAUAUAGGUAGUUUCUUUUUAGAAAGAAAAAAACAGAGAAAAAUAAAACAAUUAAGUUGUGAAUAUAUAUGUAUACUUCCACUUGUUUUUCGUAAUUUUUCAGAAACUUUCGAAAAAAAAUCAUAUAUUUUCCUCAAUUUAAUGUAAUUUAUUUUAAGCUAUUAAGUAGAUGUAAACGAAAAUUACGAAAAUUGAUUACAAAUUAAGUAGUUACCUUUAUAUUUAAUUUUCCCUCUCAAUUUAGUCAAUGCGAGUAUCGAUUUUGUUUUUGUGUAGUUGUUUAUUGUUGUUAUAUUCUUAAAUUGUUGUUAUUAUAUUUACCUGAUAAAAAGAUUUUUGUAUAUUUCCCCAAUCUCGGUGGCCAGUGUAUAAGCGAUAUAAAUAAAAACCUUCUACUUGU